AUGGAUCAACCCACUAGCUAUAUUGUUCCUGGUAGUGAGCAUAUGAAUAAGGACUCAGGCCAACGUCGAUAUUUUCUUGGGAUUGAGAUUGCUCACUCAUCUCGGGGUUUAUUUCUUUCUCAACGCAAGUAUGUUCUUGAUCUUCUUUCCGAAACUAGUCUCUUGGGCACUUGUCCUAGCGAUGCUCCUAUGAAUUCCUUAGUUAAACUCGAUGGUGAGACUAGGGCAUUGUUUCCUGACAUUGUUUAUGCAUGUUCCUCGCCAACCCAUUUUGAUGUUGUUUGUCAUAUCUUGCGUUACCUAAAACGAGCUCUAGAUCGCAGUCUACUCUACCGUUCCUCUCCUUCCUUGUCUGUCACUGCCUUUAGUGAUGCUGAUUGGGCUGGUAGUUGGAUUGACUGUCAUUCUACAUCUGGAUAUUGCACAUUUGUUGGGGGUAAUCUUGUUAAUUGGUGUAGCGACAAACAAUUGGUUGUUGCUCAUUCAAGUGCUGAGGCUGAGUAUCGUGUCAUGGCUCAUACCGCCUCUAAGAUGUUAUGGGUUUGUUCUCCUCUACAGGAUUUUGGUAUUUCAUUGCUAAUAACCCCGUGUUUCAUGAGCGCAUGA